AUGCAAAAGGAAAUCGCGAAUUAUAUUAAGCUAAAGCUAAUAGUUUACAAUGGGUUCCUUUUGGUAUUUUUCUUUACUUUGAAUCUAUUUUUAACAUCAAGUACUAAGCCUUACAUUAAAAUCAAUGAACAAAUUCCAAUUGAAACUGUUUAUGAAGAGAUAUAUCAAACAUCAUGCAAAAUUUCUGGAAAGUUGAUGAGUAAAUAUAAAUACUUUGGAGGUUAUUUAGUUGCUGACCUACCCACUUUGGUGAAGAAAAUUUGCAUUGAGAUUGAUGAGAAUGGUGAAAUAGAAAAGAAAAUGAAAGAGUCAAACAUAGAGAUUAGUCUAGAGGACCCACUAAAGUCUGCUCAAUAUAUUUGGAUAAUUUCCAGAAUGAAAUACAAUUUUUUUAUCAUGGAAGCUGAAUCUUAUGCAAUUUGGAUCUCAGUUUUGAAAAAUCUAAGGGUCCUUAAUACGUUGGAUACCGUCAAUUUUCUGCCUGAAUAUAGGAAAAUAAUCAGUUAUAUACCAAAAAUUCCAGGAAAACAAAUGGCUCUCAGACAAUACCCAAAUAAAGAUGAUUUUUUAUUUAUUCUUUCUAUUUCAACUCGAAUAUAUAAGGGAGGAAAGUUUGCAACCGAUUUCACUGGAGGUAAAAUACUUUUUCCAAAUGAAAUAAAAAAGAAUAACACUCCUCUGAUUAAUUCAAAUAUCGAGUACUAUCUACCCAUUCUCAUGAAACUUUACCCUCCUUCCUUUGAUUACCAGGAUUUAAUUUCCACAGUUUCAUUCGUUUAUAGAAUGAUCUAUUACUGUACUGGCAAUAUUAUUUUCCCAAUUGAAGCCUGGGAAAUUACUGGGCUUGUUUACUCACUUGGAGGAGGUGGAAACAUACCCAAAUAUAAUGAUGAAUAUGCAGAAGCAAUUUUAACGCAAGAUCAGCAAGACAAUUUUCCUGAAGAAAGAAACUUUUUUGUUGUAUUAGAAAGGUUAAUUCAAUUACAACCGUCAUGGGAUGUUUUAAUGCCACCAAUGUAUGGUCACAGAAAAGAAAAGACUGGUGGAAUUGAGGAUCAUGAACUAUUUAAGUUUAUGGAAUUUAAGGGGAUGUCAAUUCCACACAAAAAUUCGAAAGAUAUUGAUGGAGUUAUUGUAAUUUACUUCAUUUUCCGUUACUUAUUAAAAUUGUUCAUUUCAAUUGAAACAGCAAGAGAUUUGUGGAUUGUUACAAAAAACUGGUUAACUCACUCCACAGAUUAUUACAUUUCUAACAAUGUUUCUUUUUUGCAGAGUGAAAGAUAUAUUGCAAAUAGGAAGUUAAGUAAAAAAACUGAUCAAAUGGAAGAAAUUCCAAAAUGGGCAACUGGAAAUAGAGAUAUUAAUAUCAACUCUGAAAUUAUUAGUACUUUUAUUAGUGAAUUUGAGAAUGAAUUCCCGUAUAUUAUUACUUGUCCAGAGGGAGAACUUGCCUUAAAAAAUAGUAAUAGUGAUAUCAGGUACAAAUAUAACCCACAAAGAGUCCAAAAGACUGACAGAAUUGCUGUUAAUAUCGCCAAAGAAAUUCAUGCUCUUUUCCCUAGUGUAAAAUUCAGAAAAAUCUGUGGAUUGGCCUCUUCUUUUUCUUUAAUUGUUCCUUUUGAUAUUAAACUAUUCUCUAAGUUCACAACAAGAAAAAAUGGAAAACACAAGAAGUCCAAAAUGAAAGAAACUAAAUACUGGAAAUUUAGUGAUAACCUUGAAGGUAUAGAGUUUUGCAGAAAAGGAAUAUUAAGCCUUUUGGAAGAUGGAAAAAUUGACUUAGAACAAUAUGAUGAAUUUGAUUCUAUCCAUAUCAUUGAUUACCUAGACUCUGCUUGUCUGAGAAUAAUUAAGUCACAGGUAAAAUGUAAUAUAGAAACACCUUACUACUUCCCAUACCAAGUUUCUAAUACAAUUAAUACUUUUUCUGGUAAUAUCGCUUUUGCACUAGCAAGCUCAUUCGUUGGAGAGACCAAUUACUAUAGAGAAGUAAUUGGAACUAUCUGGGAUGGAAAACUCCAAUCUGUAAUACAAGAAGAAACCUUACCUUCUCUCUUUAGGUUCAAUAAUCCAGGGUUUAAUCCAGAAAGUCUCUGUAAUAUUUCCGAGUACUUUAUAAACCCUGCAAUUAUUGGCUAUUUUGAGAAGAAGAAGUUAACAUAUCUGAAAAAAAUUAAGAAAAAGCAGAGAAUUACGGACUUUUUAGCUCGGAUUAAAGAAAAAUACUAUACUAAGACUUCUUAUAACAAUGUCGAAUUAUUUUAUUCUGAUUUGAUGGCUCUUAAGGAAGUUGUAAAUGCACAUAAAAUUCCAAAAGGAGCCAAUUUGGAUGAUUGGAAAGAAUUUGUCUUAGACGAAGAAAGUAUAUCUUCAUUUAUUUUAAGCCAGUUCAAGAAACCCUCAGAUUUUGAUUCCGUUUGCAAAACUUUACUAGAGAGAAAGCUCAGAAAUGGAGAUAUUCAAUUCUUUCCGAUACUUACAGACUCCAGUAAAUAUAAAGAAUAUUUAUUAAAUCGAAAGAAAAGAACAAAAAUAUUCUUUAAAAAACUUGUAAAAGAUGGUAAUUCUGACUUUAGUCUUAAAGAAAUAAGCAACUUAUUAAUGUUUAAAGACGAAUCACUUUUGGAGUUCCCGGAAACCGUUGCAAGCAAUAUUAGAGAUUCAAUCCUAUAUGAUCGAUUUGACCUUCAAUUUAAAAAUUUUAUUCAGUGGUAUAUUCAUGAAUCUUGUAGCAAAGCCUCAUCACUCGUUUAUAAAAGCAUUAAAGCUAAAAAAAAAAAGAAGUGUUUCCCUUGUUGCUAUUCACUUUGUUACAAUUUCUUUAGUAAAUCCGAUGAUUCUAUCUAUUAUGGAGAAGAAAGAUCAAAAUAUGGUGUUAAAAUUGUCGAGGAGGCACUUGAGUUUGGGCUUAAAAUAGUUAUGAAUAACCCAAAUGUAAAGCUUUAUAUUUCAACUAAUACUAGUAAUAAUAUGAGUUUACAAGUAUUAGAACAGAAAGGAAUUACUUUAACUAUCGAUUUGACUAAUAAAGACUUUAUUAUUAAAAAUGCAAGCUUUAUUUACAUUUACUUAUCAAGCAUUUCAGUCCCAAUAACCAAAGAUAAUGCACUAUUAGCCUCCGAAAUUGCAUCUUUAUUACUUAAUAAUUACCAAAUACAUGGGGAAGCCCAAAUUAAUGACAAAGUUACAAACCUGUCAUCAGUUAAUCGAAAUAUGAAUAAUGUUGGAGAUUCCACUCUUUUUAAUAUUUCUCAUGAGGAUAAUCCACUCAAUACUUUGCAAAAAUAUUGUAGUGUUGAUAAAUACAACGAAAGAAGCUUAGAGCUACUAAAUAAAAUCUCUCUAAGUGGGAACUAUAAAAAUAACUUUAAUAAGACCUUCCUUCACUGGAGUAAUGGUUAUUUAAGCCCAAAAAAAGCUUGCGAAAUUGUUGAAAAUCUAACAAAAAGUGGUAUUAUUAAUGAUGAAGAAUUCCCAGAAAAGCUUCUAAAUACUAAGAAUUGUCUUGACUUUGUAAGCUACAAUUAUCCAAAGAUACCUCACAUUCCCAUUCCUGUAUGCAUCUCUCAGCAGUUAAUGAUGAGUUGUAAUACAGGAAAUAAUCUGGUUGAUUUAUUUGCUUCUAUAAUAUUGUCUCGCUUGAUAAAAUUUGGUAAAUAUAAUAAUUUAAAUUCCAUAGAGAAGACCGUCUGUUCUUACUCAAAGAUUUUAAGUAUGUUUUAUAAUACUCAUAGAUUUAAAGAAGAAUGCAAAGACUUAUUUACUGAAAUUUUUGGAAUGAGUACUUUUAUUAAAAAAGAAUUCUCAAAUACAAAUGGUGUGGAAUUGUUAAUAGAUGAUAUUUGUAAUGACAUAAAUUUAAUGCAUUCUUGUAAAAACAUUAGUUCAAACAAAUUAAUCACAGAUGAGAUCAAUAGAGUCUCAGAUAUUAUUAUCUCCGAAAUUAAGAAUGAAUUUUCUGAUUUUGAUUUUUAUUGGAGAAAGGAUAAUAUGUGUGAGACAGCGAAUGAGAUCAUAAGAUUUGGAAUUGAAGACUGUGCAGAAGUUUUAAAGAAGUUUUUAAAUAAUUUAGAUUAUGAGUUUCCCUUAGAGUUUGAGAAGACAAUAUGCAGCAAAAUAAAUGUAUGGCCAAGGGUUUGUGCUGUAGAAAAGUUCUCUAAUCAUUCAGUUUUUUCUAACUUAUUCUACAAUUAUAUUGUAGUACCAAUGCUUAAAGAUAAUUUAUUUAAAAACCAAAAAGUUGUUAAUGAAAUGAACUUUCAUGAUAUUUGCUAUAUUUUAGAAAAUAAUUACUCUGAUCAAAAUGACAGAUCGGGUAAUUCAGUAAUUUCGAUAACUGGUUUAGACACAGCUAAAAUAUGUACGGAAUAUUUUGAAAAAUUAUUUCCCAAAGAUCAAAUGUACGAACAAGAACUAGGUCUUAGAAUUAUUGAGAAGAAAAAAGAAUGUGAGCCAUCUAUUUCAAAAAUGUUUGUAGCAAUUGUUAAAGAUGAGGGGAACUUUUUAUUCUUUGACAAUAACUUGGAUUAUAUUUCUAGAAAUUUUAUAUAUCUUCCAAAUUAUAUGCAUCCAGAAGGGCUUGCUCAUAUACUUAUAAAUAAAUAUAAAGUGCCUCCUAGGGUUACAUUAAUAACUAUUGGACUCCAAAAUGCAUUGGAUGAAUUGAAUUCAAAAUCUGAAAUCAAAUACGAGUUUUCGACAUUGGGUUUGAUAUAUAAUUCAGUCAAGAUAGUAAUAAGAUUAGAUACUUUGAGUGAGAAGGAUUUAUUAUUGGAUUGUAUGAACAUUAACAAGGAUAGGAUAUUUCCUAAGAUUGGGGAUACUGAACUUGAGAAAAUUUGUAGGCAUACUAUGUUGAGUUUUGAAAAUACGGAGCUAGUUGAAAAUAUAUAUUUGUUAUAUUCAAUAAAUAACAAGGUUGCAUCAUAUUAUUCUACUCAUUUUACUUCAGAAAAUAUAUCAUUCAUUUCAAAGACCUAUGUCUCAAAGGUAUUACGUGGUAAACCAUCACUAGCAGUUCAAAAACUAUAUGAAAAGGUUUUGAAUGAAUACAUUGACUAUAUAUUUGAACAGUUUGACUCUUAUUUACCUGAUCCAGAAGAUCCAAAAAAAGUUAUUUCAAUUUAUAAAAGAUUAGGUAUUGGGAAAAUAAAUAAAAAAAAGAAGUUGAAUGCAAAAUCGAAAGUGAGCGAUGAGAAAAUUGAAACAGAUUUGGAUAAGUUUUUAAACGAAAGUGUUUAUAAGUCAGAUGUUCAAGAAAAAAAUAAGGAAAAAUUAGCCAAGGCAUUGAUAAUGUUUAAUUUUUUGAUGGAGACAAAGAGAUUGGGAGUUUUUCAAACUCAUAUGAAUGCUCCUCCUUUUGAAAUAUCACAAGAAAUAUCCUCAGAAUCAGUAUUAAAAUUCAUGCCCCCAGAUUUAGCAAAUUGGUUAACAUCUUAUACAAAUUACAAUUUUGUAAAAAUGUUAUUUGUAGUCCCAAUUUACUCGGAUAGUAAUAAAGUUACUGGGCCUAUUGCCAAUUUGGAUAUAGAGAAUAACAUUCUUUAUGAUGAGCUCUUAAGUAAGGGAGUUGCAUUAAAUAGAGUUAUGAAUAUAUUAGAAAGUAGGCAGAAGUUGAUAAGUGGUGAUAAAAAAAUUCAAAUAUCAGCUACGAUUUUGGAAUCAACAAUAAGACACAUAAUCGAUCAAUAUAGUAAUGAUGAUCAGCUAGAAUUUGCUUUUUCAAUAAUUAAUAAUUCUUACAUUUUUAGAAAUGCAAUUAAAAAAUUAACUUUAAAUAAAGAAAUAAUUUACGAUCUAAGAGAUAAUAUUAAUCCAACUACUUUAAUUUUGAAUGGAAAUUUUGUUGCACUUGAAGCAAUAGAGUUUUUUCUAGAUAGAAGUCCUUCAGAAUUAAUAUCAAAAACUGAUUUUAUAUUUAAAAACUUUGAUUUUGUGAGAAGUUUGUAUAAAGACAGUUUAUUUUAUUAUAAAGGCGAUAUAAAUUCAACAGAAAUGAGACAUAUUAGAAAAAGAUUUUUCUGUCAAUCUUUCAAUAAGCAAAUAAUGCGUAAUGCAGACAAUGGUUUAAACCCAUUUUUUGAGUGUUAUUAUUUUAGAGUUGAAAAUGGUUCAGUAUAUAGAGAAAAUAGACAUAUAGAAGGGAAAACUUCCAGAUAUUGCGAAUUUACAGGAAAUUCAACUCGAACGAAAACCUCUAGAGAAAGAUAUUUAUUGCAUAAAAGGUACUUAAAGUUUUUGUUUAAUGAUAGUGAAUUUUAUUAUCACAUUAUUGGGGAUAGCUUGAGAUUGACGCCAGAAGUAAUAAUGAAGGGUAUUGGAAGAGUAUAUGGUUAUUGCUUAUUAAUUGGUGAGCCACUUAAUUUUUAUUUUAAUAAUUUUAUCUUAAGGUAUUUAAAAACUGGUGAACCAAAUAAUGAGUCAAAUAUUAAAAAUUAUGUGGACAAUAGAAUCGAAAAAUUUGAAACCAUGAUUAAUUUAAGUUUUAAUACACUAGAUUCAAAGAAUUUUUUAAACAAAAAUAUGGAUUUUAAGAAUGCAAAGAAGAAAGUUUUUAAAGAUCAACCAAUAUAUUAUUAUGUUGAUCAAAGAGAAUAUGAAAAAAUGAAUGGAAAGAAUUUGAAAUCCAGAAAUUCUAAUUUAUUCGAGGUUAAUAAUUUUAGCAAUCUUAGGUUUUUGGGAAAAAUGAUUUCCAAUUUUAUAAGAUUUGAAAAAUUUCAGUUAGAAAUUGAAAGCUUUUUUAAUGGUGUAUAUGAUAUGAUUCCCAGAAGAUUCUUGAGAUCAUUUAAUUAUUCAAAUUUAUUUUACUUUUCGCAAGGGUAUAUAGGUACAAAUUUAAAAAAUGAAGUUUUAGUAAAAAGUUUAUUGACAUCAUUUUUUUAUGUUGAAAAUGACGAUAUUUUACUGGCUCAUAAACGGAAUGUAAUUAAAUGGUUCCAUACUGCAUUAAAUUCAUUUACAUACACUGAUGUAGGAUUCUUUUUUGCAACAUUUACUGGUAAAUUUUCGAUAUUCCCACCCACAGCCUACGCUGGAAAAAUCAGAAUUGUUGCUAUCCCACUAGAUGAGGAAAAGAAUUCAGAAAAGAGAAUUAUAAUUGACCCACUAUUGCUGGUGAUUUACAUACCUAAUUACAAAACGUAUAUAGAAGUAGAAAAUGGUGUUUCAAAAAUUAUUGAAAUGAACAAAAGAAAACUUCUUUACUCCGCUUAG